AUGACGUGCUCCAUAUCGUCUCCCCUCCUCCUCCUCCUCCUCCUCUCCUCGAGUUUGGAGCGUAUUCAGGUGGCAAAACGUUCCCUCAUUUCCACAUUUCCAUGUGCUCUCUUCAUGCCACCUUCCGUCAAGACCUGCUUGGCUGUGUUUAGCACUUGCAAAACCACUGACGGGCAAGCUUUAGCCUCAGCUACCCGUGAGCGACUGAAUGCGAUGGCACAGGAGUGGGCGGAUUUCCUCGUCGAUGAGAUAUGCCUUUCCAACAGCGGCUUCACUGUGGAUGGAGUGCGUCUGGGCGAGAACAUCACCAGUCGAUGGUCCAACGGCGAACUGGAGGAGUCAGGUGUGAAUACUGACACUGUCUACUGUAUUCUCACCAUUACAGCCAACGACGUGGUCGCCAACUGGUACCAGGAGGCAUCUCGAUUCAAGUACGGACGCGAGCCCGUCAGCAUACAGGGGAUUGCAAACGUCUACGUGGAGUUGCCUGUUCAUUGUUUGCCCAAAGUUGUUCCAACUCCUCCUCCAACGCCACAACGACGAGGACGCAUCACAACCACUGUCACAUUCAUCAGCAUCACCACCAUGUGUCACAGAAUUAGCAUGAGAAGACAGCCCAUAAUCUCCCACACAACGCACCAACAAGAAAUCGCCUUUCAUCGUCUUGGCAUCAGUCGCCUCAUCAAACAAUCGUUUGGGGAAUUAAAAAAGACGGCACAUGUGACAGAGCGUGAUCCUCUUGUGGCAGCACACCUCAAGUUGGUAUGCAGCGAGGCACCUGCUUUUCUGCCAAAAGAAACCGAUUUCAGCAGUUUUCUAGAUGGAAGUCUUUCUCCAACCACUGUCAAUGACUGGGCAGAUGUUGCAAAGUCUGUCCCACGUCUCAUGACCACGGAGCGAUGA